CACUCACCACAGUCCAGUCAUUCGUAGUCCUGCAACGAAACAAAAACCCAACGCACUCACGAGGGUGAUUCAAGUCAGGUUUGCAAGACUGCACUCUCAUUCCCUUCUUACUUCAUUCCCCAGUCCUUCAUACACAGUAAGUGACAUACUUACACACACAAACACACACGCCGUUGACACCGAACGACCCGUAGGAACCUGGUGUGUCUCCAAGCAACCAAACGUAGGUUCCGUUGGGUGUUGUUUUUUUUUUGGAUCCCGUCAGAUCGUGGACGCGUUCCGGUCGCGAUCUCUCGUCCGUAACCAUGGUGGCGGUCCGUAGUGCCCGUAGUGCCACCGUCACGGAACCACAGGAUCGCGAUUGCGUCUUGACUACCGUGACGACGGGCGACACGGAAGACUCUACUACUAGUAGUGCUAGUACUAGUAAUACUACUACUACACCGACCGACCGUUUGCUCCGGGACGUGUUGCAGUUGCACGCGGUAAUCCAUCAUCUCGGACGGACCUCACCAUCCGUCGCAACCGCAUUCGCCACACCAAACGACGACGACGACGACAAGAAGCCGAACACCGCUGACCCGAACCACAAGAACAAGACUCUUGACGACGACGACCAUCUCUCCACACUCGCGUCUCGCAUUUACCGUCUCAUCGUCGACGGGAAACCGUACGAACUCGCGGGUUUGAAGGAUGUCCCGAAACCCUUCUUUCGGUCGCCCGGACGGUGUUUGGCCCGCGACGGGGCGAUGCGGUAUCAGGUCUUGUCCGAACGCGACGCCCACGCCGCCAUUGUCGUGUUGCUCCGGCACGAAUUCCAACGCCAAGAUCUCGUCGGCUGGGAACAGCAAGCGCCCUACAAGGAUUUCCGGACUGCCAUGACAUCCUCGACCACGGCGACGGUGGGAAUCGUCCCCGAUCCCAAGGACGCCAUCGUCCUGAACGUAGCCGACGGUAACGGAGACAAACUCUACGAGUCGCAGGGAGGCAACAAGGCAAUCUUUAAUCUCGCUUCGCAACUCGUCACUUCCUACACGAACGAUUCGGAAAAGCGGGUCGAAGCAGCGCUCGCGAUUAUGAAGGGCCUCCGGGAAGCCGAAGUCAUUGAGGAAGACAAGGAAAGCAAGACCACCACGGUAGUGGCCUCAAACACCUCGCGGUAUCUUUUGCGCACGCCCCGGAACGAUGAUACCAUCACGUGGUCCAUUCUUGACGCCGCGGCCGCCGCCGAAUUCACCGUCAUCUUUGUCCUCGAAAUUUUUCUCGAAAAGGGCAUUCACCUUUUGCCACCCGGCGAGGUCCUCGGGAGUGCCGUGGCCCUGGACAAGACCAUGGUCAAGCCUUCUACCGAACCGGUACCCGAUCCCACCGACUACGAUGUACUCUUUGGACGCGGCGGGAUGACCAACUCGCAUCCCGGCAAUCGACGCUUUCGGGACGUCAUUGCUCUGCACCGACCCGACUAUAUACGAGCCAUUAAAAUGGACAAGCCCGGAGUCGCACGCAAAAUUGUCCAAGCCAUUCGGACGGGCAUCCCGCCCGGAAGAUUCCUCAAAAAGAACGACGACGGCAAGUGGUACGACGUGGGUGAUCGCACCGCCGCGGAAAAGACGUCACAGGGCUUGCGGGAGCGUUCCAACGCCGAAAAACGGCAGCGGUGUGCGCUACGGGAAGCCCUGCGCAUCCGACGCCAGGACAUGGCUCUGGACGGUGGCCACACCCAUAAGAAGACCAAAAUCACCAACGCCGACCUGGCGGCCGCGGCCGCCAAUCACGCUCCCAUUCUCAAUUACGUCGGGACCAACUUGGCCGUUCCCUUGUCUCUGGGCAUGAGGGAAGCACCCAAAAAUACGGUCAAAAAGCGCGACGGGAAAGACUUGGGCGAACUUAACACGGAAGGUCUCCCGCCCAACGCGGUCGACGAAGACGGCAAUAUUCUCGUCACCGACUACGAUAUCCUCUGCGGCCGCGGGGGACUCACGAACCACCACAAAGGCAACAAGCGAUUCCGCGACAUUGUCGCCUUGCAUCGACCCGACUACGUGCGUGCUCCCAAAAUCCAGAAACCUUCGGUGGCGCGAGUGAUUGUACGUGCCAUUCGGAACGGCGAUCCACCGGGACGCUUCCUACGCAAGGACGACAAGAGUGGCAAAUGGAUCGAUAUCGGCGACAAGAAAGCGGCCGAGAAAACGUCACAAGCCCUGCGCGAAAAGACCGACGAAGAGAGGGAAAAGCUCAAGCGCGACCCGAAUUCCGGAGUCGGCAUACUUUUGCCUAAUCCGGCCUCUUAUCUGGCGGCGGCUACCGCCACCGCCAUGUUUGCCAUACCGGCAACCGUUCCAGUACCUACCGGCGUGCCCGCCGAGGCCGCGGGUGCGGAAGCACCGGGUGAAUCCGUCAAGUCGGAUGAGGUAGUGAAAGAGGAAGCCGACGAUAAUACUCAGCGUGUAGACAACACCAGCGAUCAGAGCAAGCCUACGAGCACCGAUCAUCCUGGGAAGCAAAUUGGCGAGGACGUUCAAACCGAAAGCGUCUGAGAGUGCUAGUCUCGCACUAUUAGACUUUCACGAAGGGCGUGACUGUUAUACUCCAGAGAAAGGAAACCCGGGGUGUCUCUAUUUAUGUACGGUAUCUAUUUAUAAAUCUUAAGUCAUACGGAUUAAACUU